AUGGCGGAUUCAGAUAUCAUAACCAUAGCCGCCCCAGCAACAGAACCGUUAGCAGUCCCGUCCGAACCCGAAAAUGAAGAAGCCGAAGAAGACCUCCUCUCGACCCUCUGCCCGUACUGCAACACUACACCGCCAAUCUACACAUGUCCUGCCUGCUUCGCGCGCAGCUGCUCGGUGGCCUGCAGCAAGAAACACAAGAUGUACCGUCAGUGUAGCGGCAUCCGCGACCCGACCGCUUUCGUCAAGCGCAGUAAGCUCAUGACCGAGGGCGGCGUGAAUAGAGACUUUGCGUUUUUGACGGGGGUUGAGAGGGGGAUAAAACGGCCGAUUGAGAUGGCUGCGGACGGGGAAGGGGACGCGGAAGUAGAGGGAGGCGAUGCGGGGAAAGUGGAGGGGGGGAAGAGGCAGAAAGAUAGGAUUGAACAUCUGCUGUCACAGAGGGGGACGGUGGUGAAGUGGGCGCCGUGGGAGGGAUUUGGGAGAGCGAAGGAGAAUCGGACGAGGGUGGUACGACCGAAUAAACGCAAGCCCCCCCACAUCGUGUGGACGAUAGAAUGGACACUCCUCUCCGAAGGCUCCCCCGAGAAUUGCCGCUUCCUUGACCAUGAUGUUUCCGAAAACAGCGGUGUGGCUUUCGCUUUCUUCAAUCCUGCCAACACACCGGACACAACGCGGAAUGAGGCGGUGAAGAAAAGCGAGACGGAGUUUUAUCUCGUCCUUGAGGCGCCGGCGAAUAAGAAGCACUGUAUCUGUCUGGAUCCGGGGAAGCCAUGGUCCGAGAACCUGAGGGAGCGCACGAUGCUAGAGUUCCCACAGGUGUUGGUCACGGCGGGGACCCAGGGAGAGGGACCACAGGGGUGGGAGGUCCUGCCUGAUGAGAGGAAGAUUGUGGAGCUGCCAGUGGACAAUGAUGAAAAGAGCAAAGGCAAGCCGCGGAAGCGCAUUGGCAAAGAGGAUCCCGCUUCUGAGAAUCCCGUGCUUGAUCCUGUGGUACCAGGCGACGACACCGCGAAGGAGGGGGCAGUCAAGACUUCAUCAGGGGGGUUAAUAGAAGUGCCGACGGUGGAGAAGAGGAAGCUUCCAGAUGACGAAAUCGACAUGUCGGCCACAUUGGAAGCCAUAAAGAAAGCACGGAAAGUAUAA